AUAUUAGAUUGAUUGUAAAGUUGAAAUAUACAAGUAAUGAAAAGUAAAGUGUUUUAAGUUGUUUCUUCCAACAACUUUACUUCGACAUUGAAAAUAAAACUACAGAUUCGUCAAUUUUUAACCAAUUUAAUAUUUUUUUAUCUAUUUAAGAAAUAUAAAUAAUUUCUAUCUUCGUGACCUUUUUCUUAUAAUAUUGAAUCCUAAGCGGGCUUUAAGAUUGUGAAGGGCUUAGCAAUAUUUAUAGUCAAUUUGUUACAAGAAACAUUUUGGGUUAAACAUUUUUGAUCACCUUUAUUCUGUAGGCAAAUUUGAUAAGAAAUUUUGAAUUUCUUAUCAAAUAAUAAAAUAAAAUUUCUUAUGUUUUGAAAUUUCGAAAGUUUAAAACGUCUUUUUCAAGACUUUGAAUUUUUGAAUUUUGAAAUAUUGAAAAAUAAAAAAGCAUCCAAAACCAACAAAAUAAAUUUUAAGAAACCUCUUAAAAUUUAAACAGAUUUUGUAUAUUUCCUGAAGAAGAACGUAGACACGUUCGAAACGUCGAUAAAUAAUCUAUAAUCUAGAUUCAAUAAAGACCUAAAGCCCGCUUAGGAUUCAAUAUUAUAAGAAAAAGGUCACGAAGAUAGAAAUUAUUGUUAUUACGGAGGGCACGCCGUAUUUUAAAUUCAAAAAUGAGUUUUUAUGAACAUGUAAGGAACGCAUAUGGAUUUGAAGUAUGUACAAGUUUAAAAAGUUAACGCAGAAUAGGGGUAAGUAAUAUCAAAAAUAAGAAUACUUUAGUUUUCCUCCUUAAGUGUAGAGAGUUUGGUUUGAUACCAGAUUUUAUUCAGAAUUCAACAAAAAAUGUUUCGAUGAUUUUCGAUUUUGAGAGUGGAGAAUUUAAUCGAGGUUUGAAUAAAAAACUUUCUUCAACCUCGAGAAAAUAUCAUUCAAAAUUACUCAAUAUUGCAAUUUCAUUGAAACAAUCGCAAAUUAAAAAACAAAAUCGAUCAUUAACGGUUUUAGAAGGUAAAAUUAAAAACAGAUUAUUAGAGAAUGAAUAUAGUUAUUUCUUCAGUAGUCAAGAACAGACUAGAAAUAAAAUUAACGAUAGUUCUAAACUUUCUCAGAAAAGAAAACUUGAAUUAUUAAAAUGUAAAGCUAGACAAGAAAUGAGGAUAAAUUUUAAAGAAAAUUGGUUUGUUAACAAAACCCAGGUAGAUUUUCCUGAAGACACAAAAUGGCUUUUGUCAUUAGGUCCAAAAUUUGCUUUACCUGUUACUAAAGAAAAUUUACCAAUAUUCAAAAUGAUUGCCGAUGGAGAAGAAUUGAUAAGAAGUAAAGAAUUAAAUGAACAAGAACCUGCACGGUCAUGCUUCACGCAAAUUUUACAAAAUUACAUGAGAUUUGUAUCAAUUCCAUAUUUAGAUAAAUAUCUGAAUAAAAUUUAUAAUGAUACAAAAAAGUUCUUAAAACGACAUCCAGAAAUUUUAAUUGUCCCAGCUGAUAAAGGAAAUGUUACAGUAGCUAUGUUAAAAACAAAUUAUGUUGAUAAAAUGAAAGAUAUUAUGGCUGACAGGGAUACCUAUAAAAUUUUAAGGAAUGACCCAACAAAUAGAGUACAAAAUAUUAAUAAUAACCAUGUUAAAUAUUUGUUCAGAAAUAAUUAUAUCAAUGAAUUCGAAAAGAAAUGUAUGACGACGUAUACUGCCAGUAGUCCUAAGAUUUAUGGACUACCAAAAAUACAUAAACAAAAUGUUCCAUUAAGGCCAAUUUGUUCGUCUCUUAAUGUUCCAUGUUAUGAGUUAUCAAAACACAUUGUUAAAAUUUUAAAUAAUAUAACUGCUAACUCUAAAUAUAAUGUUAAGAACGCUUCAUCGUUUAUUUCAACUGUUUCACCAAUAAUUUUGGAACAUGAUAAUAUUCUUGUUUCCUUUGAUGUUGUCUCAUUGUUUACUAACAUUCCGAUUCCAUUGGUGCUAGAAUUGGUUGAAAAAAGUUGGGAUAAAAUUAAAGAUCAUACUAGAAUUCCAAAAUUAAAAUUUUUAGAAAUCUUAAGAUUUUGUGUUAUAGAUAACAAUUAUUUGGAAUAUGAUAAGAUAUUUUAUCAACAAAAACAAGGAGUUCCAAUGGGUAGUCCUGCUUCCCCAAUAUUAGCAGAUAUUGUAAUGGAAGCUUUAUUGGACGAUGUUUUUGAUAAAAUUCUAAACAAACCAAAAAUUAUUACAAAGUAUGUAGAUGACAUUUUUGUAAUUCUUAAAUCUAGCCAAGUUGAUUCAACUCUAACUGCUUUAAAUUCUUUUCAUCCGAAAAUUCAGUUUACAGUAGAGCUCGAAAAUAAUGGAGAACUUCCAUAUCUUGAUAUACUAGUUGUAAGAAAAAAUAAUAGAUUAAUAUUUGAUUGGUAUAAAAAACCAACAUCUUCAGGUCGUCUUAUAAAUUUUAAUUCGAAGCAGCCUAAACAUGUUAUUAUCAAUACGGCCAAAAAUUUUGUUAAUAGAGUAUUGGAUGUCAGUAAUAUUAUCUUUCGUCAAAAAAACAUAGAAAUAAUUAUGAACACACUACUUUCAAAUUCUUUCCCUAUCAAUAUAAUACGAACAUUAUUGAAUCAAUACUUUAAUCCAUCGGUUCAGACCAAUUUAGUAACUAAUGUACCACAAUUUUCCUAUAAAAGUGUUCUAUAUAUUCCAAAUCUUUCAGAUAGAAUUUUAAAUGCUCCUAUAAGGAAUAAGGAAAAAGUAAGAAAAGCUUUUAAACCAGUAAAUAUUUUAAGAACUUCAUUAUUUUCAAACUUUAAAGGAAAAAUGGUAAAAACUUUUUUUUUUUUUUUUUUUGACGGGAGGAAAUCUUCAAAAGACACUUGGCAGUAUUCGACACCAAGUAGUGUGGGACUCUUAACCACUAAAACCACCUCUUUAUCAUUACCAAUCUUGAGAGAUCGACAUCAGAUUUUUCUUUCUUAACUUUGUAAAAUCACUUUGGGGGAAGUUUAAACUUUCCCAUGUUUUUUUAGACCAUAAGCUCAUGAGGCUUGGUUCUUCUUAAUCUUCGAACAUGGUUUCUUGUAUUCAAGACGGACACCAUUUCAGAAUUGGUAUGACUUUGCAGUCUCUGAUUAUGCGAUACAGCGUAUUUUUUAACAACUUCUGUAACCGUUUCUAUUUGUAAGUCACGAUGUAGAUCGCUAUUUCUUAUGUACCAAGGUGCAUUAACUAUUCCACGAAGGACUUUGUUUUGGAAUUUUUGGAUGAUUUCGGUAUUUGUUUUCUUUGUACAGCCCCAUAAUUGGAUACCAUAGGUCCAAACAGGCUUUAGUACUUGAUUAUACAGCAUUAUUUUGUUUUGGGUUGAUAAAUCAGAGUUGUUACCAAGUAACCAGUACAUUUUUCUAUAUUUCAAGUUUAGUUCUUCUCUUUUCUUUUUGAUGUGCUCUUUCCACUUUAGCUUUGCAUCCAAAGUCAUUCCAAGGUAUUUGGCCGUAUUGGCGUAAGGUACAGCUUGAUUAUUAAUGAAUAUUGGAAUAUUGUUUAUCUUUUUAUUUGUAAAGUUUAUAUGUGAAGAUUUUGUUUCAUUGAGUUUGAUACGCAAUUUUUCGGUCCAAUCUCUGACUGUGUCGACGGCAUAUUACAGCUUUACUGCUCCCCUAGAGACACGUUUGUCGGGUACCAAAAUUGCGGUAUCAUCUGCAAAAGUAGCCAUUAUGGUGUGAUUCCCAACUGGGAUAUCCCUUGUGUAUAGUAAAUACAGGGUAGGACCUAGGACACUUCCUUGUGGUACACCGGCUUCUAUUUUCUUCAAUUCCGAAUAUUCUUGAUCGUACCUUACUCUAAACAAUCGGUCUGAGAUGUACGAUUUUAAUAUUUCAUAGUACUGUCUGGGAAGAUCCCUUUGCAGUUUGUACUCAAGUCCCUCAUGCCAAACCUUGUCAAAGGCUUGAGCAACAUCUAAGAAAAUAGCUGAACAGACUUGUUUUUCUUCUAAUGCUUUUUCUAUUUUUUUUAAAAUUUUUAAAAUUCCCACGCCUCUUUCCCCCCCCCAGAUACCGCACGCGCUGGGGUCCAUUUUCACCGAGUACGAAGUCAUUUGCGGAUGAUUAUCGUAUCGGCACUUUUUAGUGUUUUUUGAAGGUAAAAACAAAUUAAAAAGAACUAAAUAAGUAAAGAGAAUGGUGAUACGAAUAUCAAAGGAAGGUCAAAGAUUGGGACUGCUUAGUACAAGCAUUUAUUAUAUCUGUGCAAAAUAAAAAAAAUUUAAAAUGAACAAAAAAAUAAAUUUAAUAUUUCAUGUUUAAUUUUCAGAAAGUGUCAAAAUUUUAAAACAAAAAUGUUUUAAUAGUCAAGAGUAUUGAUAAAAAAAUAAUUCAAUAUACAUAUGUACAUACAAUUAGGUAUAAAGACAUUAAAUGAGAAAAGAAUCAGUAAACAUUGAACAUAAAUACAAAAAAAAAGUUUAUGAGCGUGGUACACUGGUUUUUAGUAUUUUUUUCAGACUAGUUUUAUUAAUAUUAAAAUCAAACAGAUUAGUAUUCAAAUUUACAAGCUUACACAUGCGAGUUAAGGGCACAUGCAUACCAUAAUUAGUACGGUGUUGGGGUAAUUUUAUUAAAUCUAAGCUACGAAAGUUAUAGGCACCUCUCCGGUAGUUAAAAUUAAUAGAAUUAAGCAGAUCCGGGCCAUCAAUUACACCCGUUAUAAGUUGAUGAAUAAAUACAAGGUCGUUAUUUACUCUCCUUUGAGACAAGGUUUGGAUCUGCAGUAGGUUGAUUCGAUGCUCAUAGGAAGGAAGGUUAAAAGGGUCCGUCCAUGGUAAGCCUUUUAAGGCAAAACGAUAUUACAUCCGUUAUUCUAUGAACUUGGUCUAUCGUGGAAUGUUUAUUUCUAAAGCCAAACUGAUGAUUUGGGAUUAACCUUCUUUCUUCUAUAAUUUUGCUAAGUCUCUUCAGAAGCAGUUUUUCAAAAACUUUUGCCAUAAUUGGUAUAAGCGAUAUUGGUCUGUAAGACGUCACUUCUGUAGGUGGCUUACCUUGCUUGGGUAUGACAAUCACUUCAGCAAUUUUCCAAUGGUGUGGGACAUACCGUUGCUUAAGGCAUGCAUUUAUUAUAUAUUGGAGUUUUAUGAAGGCUUUCAAAGGCAUUUCUUUCAUAACCUGAGCAGUAAUUAGAUCGUAACCUGGUGAUUUUUUAUUUGAUAGUUGAUGUAAACACAUACUUUUUAUUUCUUUUAAUCUAACAAUUGGUAUUUCACUUUCAUCUAUCUUAUCAACUAACUGCAAGCUAUUUUCAGCCGCGUUUGUUGGGUAUGGCUUAAAAACAUUCGCAAGAUGCUCCGCGAAAAGGUUAGCUUUUUCUUUUGGGUUACCGAUCCAUUUCCCAUCUUGAGAUUUCAAGGGAGAGUUUAGUAACUGCGGUCUUUUCAGGAGCUUGGCUGCUUUCCAUAGCGAAAAAUCGGUUGAAGCAUCAGUCGUUAAAUUCUUUAGGAAUGUACUGAGUGAAUCAUUUUUGAAUUUAUAAAUUUGUUUUUUAAGAUUGUUGCUUAUACGGUUAAACGUUGUUUUAUCAUCUGGAAAUCUAGUAUUUUGCCAUUUUCUUCGAGCUCUUCUUUUCUCUAUUAUCAACUCUCUUAUCUCUAAAGGAUAUUUUAUUUCAUUUUGUCUUCUAUUAGAAAAUGUUGGAGUACUUUCUUCAGCGGCCUGUUGCACAUCAGCAAUAAAUUGUUCCACUUCAUGGUCAAUUUGCUCGAUUGUAUCCAUGGGAGAUCUUAAAUUUAUAAAACUUAAAAGCCUUUCUCUAAAAUCACUCCAGUUUGUUUUCUUAUUUACAAGCUUUGGAUUACUUUUUUCUAUUACUUCCGAUUCACUUAGUGUUAGAAUCACUGGAGUAUGAUCUGAUGACAAGUCAUAAUUACCUUCGACACUAAUGUGAUUUCGUUUGAUUCCUUUAGCUACGAAAAAGUCAAUAAGAUCUGGUAUUUUGUUAGUAUCGGAAGGCCAGUAAGUAGGCGACCUGGAGGAACAGAAUUCGCAAUUGUAUUUACGGCCUGCUUGGAAAAGUCUUUUGCCUUUAGUUGAUAUAAGUCUUGAACCCCAAUGGGUGUGUUUCGCAUUGAAGUCUCCACCAACAAGAAAGUUAUGCCCAAGAAGAUUUAAUAGAUCUGUAUAGUCAUCUUCUGUCGGGGAGCGCCUUGGUGGGCAGUAUAUAGCUGCUAUCUUAAACUCUUUCUUUUUCAUACCAAUACUAAUAGUUGUUACUUGCAUAUUUUCAUUAGUAAGCUUGGUUUCUUCAUAAUGUUUUAAGCUUUCUUUUAUAAGAAUCGCCGAUCCACCUCUUGCCUUGUCAGCUGGAUGUGGAGCGUGGUAACAUGAAUAGUGUUCUAUUACAUUAUCUAGACUUUGCCCAUUGGAGAAGUGAGUUUCGGACACCAGGCAAAUAUCUAUAUGUUCUCGAUCUAAAAAGAUUUUUAAUUCGGAUAAGUGUUGUAAAAGACCGUUUGCAUUCCAUGUAGCGAUUUUAAGUGUUCUGUCCAUCAUUGUUUUUUAAGAGCGACUUUUUCGCUUAACUGUUUGAUAUUCAAAUCCUGUUUAUCAAUUCUUUAAAGAAUGAGGUGUAGCAUUUCUUUUAUGGAAGUCUCUUCAUUCUUCCGCACAUUUGGUAAAAACUGACAAAUCAAAUAUUGUAUAUAAAAUAAAAUGUUUAGGAGAUGGAACAAACAGUUGUUGUUCAGUUUAUGUAGGAACUUCAAUGCAAAAGCUAAAGAACCGAAUAGCUGGUCAUAGAUCGGAUAUAAAUAAUGGAUAUUCACAGAAAACAGCUUUAGCUUUGCAUUGUAUAAAUGAAGGACAAAGACCAGACUUGAACAAUGUAGAUAUUUUACAUACUGAAACCCACUAUAAUAAGAGAAUGUUACUAGAAAUGCUACAUAUUUUAGAUACCAACAAUACUGUUAAUAGAAGAUCAGAUUGUGAAGGGCUUAGCAAUAUUUAUAGUCAAUUUGUUACAAGAAACAUUUUGGGUUAAACAUUUUUGAUCACCUUUAUUCUGUAGGCAAAUUUGAUAAGAAAUUUUGAAUUUCUUAUCAAAUAAUAAAAUAAAAUUUCUUAUGUUUUGAAAUUUCGAAAGUUUAAAACGUCUUUUUCAACACUUUGAAUUUUUGAAUUUUGAAAUAUUGAAAAAUAAAAAAGCAUCUAAAACCAACAAAAUAAAUUUUAAGAAACCUCUUAAAAUUUAAACAGAUUUUGUAUAUUGUAAGUAUAUUAGAUUUUUUCUAUUUAUUAGAUUUUUUUAAAAAAUUUUUUUUAUCCAAAUAUUAUAGUCCUGAAGAAGAACGUAGACACGUUCGAAACGUCGAUAAAUAAUCUAUAAUCUAGAUUCAAUAAAGACCUAAAGCCCGCUCAGGAUUCAAUAUUUUAAGAAAUAUAGGCUCCUGGUACCUUCAUAUAUACCUUUUCAAUAAUGUAUCAAAAUUCAAGCAAGUGGUAUGCUUAGAAAACCUAUAGUCUUUAAGAACUUAAAAAAUUAUCAUUUUAUUGUCUUGUACAUUUAUUUGAAGCAUAUUCAUGAAGAACAUUAAUUUUAUGGUUAAUGAUAAAAAUCGAAAGCCAGUUGGAGUUGGAUCGUGUGCGCAAUAGGUGUCAGAAAUCAAUUAAAAUUAAAUAAAAAAAGAAAAUCCGAUUAAAAUAGAUUUUUCGAUCAAUUUUGUUAAUUUCUUAUCGAAAACUAUUUGAAACCAUUUCAGCUGAUAUCAAAGCAGAAGUAGAGUAAAUGAGUUUACUGGUAGCAAUAGUUUUUUUUAUUAGUUAUAACUUCGAAAAUAAACAAAAUCAAUAAGAUAAUUUUCAAACACAUGUUUCAAUUCUAUUUCGAGUAAAAGUGAAAUGUAGAAACUAGCUAAUAUUAUUAAAAUCUGCAGAAAAUAAUCCUCUACAGUUAAUAAACAUAUGCUCAGCACUUGAAGAAGAUAAUUUACAAUUUUAAUGCAGUUUAUGAGUAAUGUCCACCUAAAAAGUCCCUUUUUACCAGUGUGCGACGUAGUGUUAAAAUUUGGACUUCAAAGUAAGUUGACAUUUCUCAUGUCGAAUUCCUUUCAAUUUUUUGAAUCGCCUCAAAAAAAUCGAAUUUUUGGUGUUAAAAAGGAACAUGAAAACAGACCGAAUUCUUUUUGCGAUUGUAUGUGUGUCAUUUGACACACACGGCGAACCCCACAUGCGGAGCCGUAGUGUGAAGCAGUAGAGUGGGAGAGUUGUGACCCCAUCCGAGAUCAUGACUAUCGUCGAUAAUGGAUAAUGGAGAAGAAGAUGUGUGUCAUUUGACAACAAUUUUUACACGAACGUCAAGCUGAAACCAAAACAAUUUCUGCAAAAUAAAACCAGAGAUUUCUUUGAUCACUAAUUUUGUUUAUUUGCUUCGGUAAUAUAAAUUUAAUUUAAUCCGAAUCAAUAGGAAAUAGAUAUUAUUAAGAUCUGAGUGAAGAUGAAGUAAAAGGUUAAUUAUUUGGCCGUAUGCUGUGGUUUUACAGAGAAAAAAAUUUCCUGAAGACAAUCACGAGAAGAAAAGUCACAUUAAUUUCACUUUUUCACAAGAACUAUGCCAAGAAAAAUUAUAUUUUGAUCGCACAUUGUCUUUUUUUUUUUUUUUUUACACUAUCAGUUCAUAGACGAAGAGCGCUUAUAGCAAGCCCCGUCUUGCGACCAUUUGCCAACACAAAACUGUGUUAUCCGGCUCAUCACUUAGUGCAGUGUUAGUAGUUAGUAAGCAAAUAAUAACUACAAAAAACAUACACUAAGAAAAAAAACAUUAAUUUCAAUAUUAGAUAAAACAAACCUUAAAGAAAUACAAACAAAAUAAUUACUUCAGCAACAAAAAAGACAUAAAAAUAAACACAAACAUUUAUGAGCGUGGUACACUGGUUUUUAGAACAGUUUUUAAUUUAUUUGUAUUAAAGUUUAAAUCAAAAAGGUUUGAAUUUAAACUUAGAAGUUUACACAUGCGUGUUAAAGGUUCAUGCAAGCCAUAAUUUGUUCGGUGUGGUGGAAUAUUCAUUAAAUCCAAGCAUCGGAGGCUAUAAGCACCCCCUCGAUAGUUAAAACCAACAGAAUUAAGUAAAUUUGGUGCAUCAAUUACGCCUGUGAUUAACUGGUGAAUGAAGAUUAUGUCAUUGUUAACCCUCCUUUGAGCCAAAGUUUGCAUCUGAAGGAGAUUAAUCCGAUGUUCAUAAGAAGGAAGAUUAUAAGGAUCAGACCAUGGCAGUCCUUUUAAGGCGAAACGAAUGAAAUUACGUUGUACUGAUUCCAGUCUUACAUUAUGGGUCUCGUAAAAAGGAGUACAGACUUGCGAUGCGUACUCAAGGUGGGGGCGUACUAAACAAUUGUAGAGGGAAAGAGUCACAUAAGGAUCUUGAAAUUCUUUUGACCAACGCUUCACAAAACCUAGCAUAGAGAAGGCCUUAUUCACGAUGACGUUGAUAUGUUCGGAAAAAUCAAGAUUAUAACUAAAAUUAACCCCUAGGUCUUUAAAGCUCUGAACACGCUGUAAUUUGUGUUGGGAUAUUUUAUAUUCAUACAAACUAGGAGCACGUUUUUUAGAAAAAAUCAUUGCCUGACAUUUUAUUGGAUUCAAAACUAAGCUAUUCUUACUACACCAUAUAGAAAAAUGAUUAAUGUCCUCUUGCAGAAGCCUCCGAUCAUUAACCGAUUUGAUACUUUUAUAAAUUUUCAUGUCAUCUGCAAAAAUGAGAAUUUCGCUAUGGUGAAUACAUAAUGGGGCAUCAUUUAUAGCUAGAAUAAAAAGAAGAGGUCCUAAAUGACUUCCUUGCGGAACACCUGAUUUUGAGAUGAACGAUUUUGAGAGAGCGUCUCUGAACUUCACUUGAUAAGAUCUAUUUUCAAGAUAAGAAGAAAUCCAAUUCACGAAGCCUAAAGGGAAACCUAGAGUUUUUAAUUUAAAUUUGAUUAUAUCAUGGGAGAGUUGGUCAAAAGCCUUAGAAUAGUCCGUAAAGAUACAGUCAAGUUCCUGUCCACUUUCUAACGUAUUUGAGCACUUAUGUAAAAAAGUAAGCAAGUUUGUAACCGUCGCACAGUGUGGCCGAUGGUAGGAAAAGUUGGCAAAAAUUAUUUUUCUUCGUUUCUAAGUUUGUUAUGGGUAAAAAUACUAUAUUAAAGCACAAAACUGAGACAACUUUUGUGAUUCUAUGAAAAAUUAUCAAAAACGCACAUUAUAAGUACAUAGCUAUCUAUUACCUUUAACUUUGAAGUUGUUUGAGAAAGAAAAUUGUUAUUUAUUUUUUCAAUACUUAGAUUUUACUGUUUUUUUUUUUUAAAUAAGAUUAUUCUUAAAAAUAGAUUUUAGACCUGACUCAACGGUUUAGUCAUAACAAAAUCUUCUUGAUGAAAAAAUACACUGGUCAACAAAAUUCAACUUUUUUUAUCCGAAGAACCAAAACAUACUUUUCUGAAAGAUUUGGGGAUGCUGAACUCGAAUCCACGAAAGAAAUAUUCUAUUAGCUUCCGUUUUUUGAAAUAUUACCGUUAUAAAAUGCAAAAAAACACGUUAUUUUGAAUGUUUAUGAGGUUAUGGUAACAAAGUGUGGUAAUUUCUUUAAGCAUAGUUUGACGCGGUCAUCUUCUUCAGAGAACCGUUUCAAAUUUUCCGAUCUUUUUUCAUGUAUGAGAUAUCUCAAGCUGCGCCUGCGUCUCCAUUGUGUAGAUCAACACUAUUUCCUUAAAUUUUUAGCCACAAUGCUAACCGUACACACUUUCAGUUUUGGCUAAUAGAAUAAUUCUGACAAUGGAUACGAGUUCAAAAUUUCUAACACCUUCAGAAAAGUAAAAUUCUGUUGAACUGUAUUGUCAGUACUUCCGGAAUCUGAGAAAUAUAUACAAAAAAAUCGUUAUUUUUAGAUAACUUCACAUAGUGUUUACUCAAAAAGGGGCAAACAUGGGCACCACUUUUUUCAUUGACACGAAAGACGACACUCUCAACAAUAAAGGGACACCAAAAACAAAGCGCCAUUUCACACCUUUGUGAACUUUUUCUUAACGAGUUUGUAUGACGCACGCAAAAAACGAAUGAUUUUAAAGACACCGAAUUCGAAUAAUUUUUUCAAACAAACUAGACACUCAUAAUUCAAAAGAGGAAUGAGAAUCGAAAGCUUCCCUUUUGCUUGUAAUUCCAUAUUUAUUUCAAAUUUUUAUCUUUUGAUUUAACGAAAUAGCACUUAAAACUUGAAACACAGACGGGAGCUAGAGAUAGGUAAAUAACGAAUAAUUUCGUCAAUGGCGACAUUUUAAAGUGUAGUUACUCACCGCGUUAGACUUAAACCGUGGAAUAAAAACCGGUUUUGUGUAGCUUAUUAAUCCCUUUAUUAAAGUAAAUUUGUAUUUGGCAGUUCGGUACAAUUUGAAAAUACCCUUUUUUUGCCAGCUUUUGAUACCAUUGGCCACACUGUGCGUCGAUCGUUUUUGCAUAAAGCCAUGCUGUUGAAUGCAUAUAAUUCUUUUACAGUGGAACGCCAAGCUAUCGCAAACAACUUGCUCAAAAAGCUUUGGAAUACAAGACAGCUUAGAUAUGGGUCUGUAAUUGACUAUAUUGGAUUUAUCUCCUUUUUUAAAAACAGGAGUAAUAAACGCUUGUUUCCAAAUGCUAGGAAAUUUACCUAAUUUGAGAGAUAAUUCAAAAAUAAGUUUAAGUGGAAGAGAUAAAACUGACCUACAAUUUUUCAAAACUGCUGCAGGAAUACCGUCUGGUCCGACAGAAUAAUCUUCAUGUAGUAAUGAAAGAAAAUGGGAUACUUUACAAGUAUCAAUUUGAAUAUUAUUAAAUGUAACUUGUGGGCAAUUUUCUAAAUAACGGAAGUAAUCUAGGUCCACAUUGGCGGGUAUGUCAAUAAAAGAUUGACAGAAGUUAGUCGCAACAGCAUCGCAAAUAUCUGAAGUACUCUUUAAGAUGUUGUUUUUAUAACUGAAAUUAACUAGAUAGCCAUCUGAUUUCUUUUUCAUAUUAACAAAUUUCCAAAAAUAUUUAGGAUCUUGCUUGAGACUACUUUCCAUAGAACUAAGAUAAUCUGCAUAUAAGUUACUAGCUUACCCGUGCGAGACUUCUCGCAUGCUUAAAUAAAAAGAAAGUAUAGGUAGGAAGGUACAAAUGUAAAUGCAGAGUGUGUUUUUUAAAAAGUCGAGAAUUACUAAAAAACUCCUGUUUAUCCCAUUUAAAAUACAUUGGAUUAGCCCCAGUUUAAGUUAAACAGCUAUGAAUAUGGCACAUUAAAUUUAGCAAUUCUAGGUUCCCUAAGUUGUACAUACAUUUUAUAAUUAACUCUAUUUCAAACAGGUUGCCGCAACUAAUAUCUCAAACUUGGUCAAUUUGAAGAACUUGAACCGAUGUUGAAUCAUGCAUUCACCACCUUAAAUCGUCAAUAAAAAAACUGUUGAACGUAAGGUUUCUGUCUGAUUCUUACAUCCGACAAUUUUUCCUUUGACGAUUUUUCUUUGCUGUUGUAUUGGGCUUUUCCAAAAAUUAUCUUAGACCCAUUUAAUUCACACUCCAUUAAAUUUUAUAUCGCUAUUCAAAAGUGGAAAUUUUAAAAUUCGUAUCUACCUACGUGAUUUCAUAGUUUUUCAUUUUUAAUAGCCACUUAUCAUAUUUUAGCUUAGGAAGUACCUAAACGGACCUAACACCCCUAUUACGAUUGUCAACUAUCAAUUGAUAGUUGAUAAAUACUGAAAUUUGAUGUUUUAAAAUCGAAAUGGGGGAAAACUGGUCAUUUUUUUAAUGGAUCUUUUCAGUUACAUUUCACGGUUAGCAUCAUUCUUCGUUUUCACAUUUUUUUCAAAGCAAAUAAGAUAUCGAAUUUUUUUUUAACAACUAUAAAUUCUUUGCUUCCGGCUACAAAGAGGUUAAGUCACAAAAUUGCACUUUCGGGUUUUGAUGAAAAGAGAAUAAGCUCUUUUAUUUGGUAUCAAAAACAUAAAUUUAGAGUAACUCUUUCUUAUAAAAAUAAGAGGAUCAAUACUCAAAAAUUCAUCGAUUUUCAACUUCAAUCGGAUUAUCUGGUAAACUAUCAUUUAUGUAAGUUCUUUUUACCCAGGGGCAAAGAAUUGAUAGUUGCAAUCGUAAUAGGGGUGCAACACUUACGCCCCUAUAGCACGCAAAGAGCAAAUGAAGGGUCCAGGGGAAAAACGGCACAUGUCCACUUUUUGUCAAAAAUAAACGAAUGAUGAGGUCUUGUAGUAUUUACUGACCACUAUCUGAUGGCAUCCUUACUUUUAUAAAACAAAUUUAAGCCUUGCUUUAAGUACUAAGUUGUAUGGAGAACAAAAUUUAAAAAUGCAUUUUUCUCGAAAUGAGUUGGAAUGGACUUGUGCUGUUUUUCCCCUGGAGCCUUCAAAUAUUCCGGCCUUUUUCUUAUGUACAUUAUGUAUAUACUAUAUAUGUACAUACAUAGGUACACUUCCCAGACUUUUCCUGGCAAAUGGAAGAUGAAAUGUUCCUACGGAAUAUGUUCAUACAUAUAUGUACUUACAAAAAAUCUUGAAAAAAAAAACCAUAGGUGUGUUUUUUUGUUUAUCUAUAUUGAUUUUUGAAAUCCAUGCAAAUAUUUGACACCACUGUACAUAAACUUUGGCAGCUGUCUGUCAGAAAAGUCGCUUUUGUUUUUUUAAUAUUAACUCCGCAGUGGAAGGCCAUUACAUCCAUGAUGGAUGCAAACAAAUUUUUUCACAAAAAAAAAAAAAAACAAAAACCAUA